GGGCUAGUUGACUGCUAACUGACCCUCAUCUCAGUCAUGGCUGCCGUUACCUAUCCUUCAUCGGUGCCUACGACCUCGGACCCUGGGAACACAUCCUCAGCCUGGCCCCUGGACACCACCCUGGGGAACGCAUCCGCUGGCGCUAGCCUGGCAGGCCUGGCUGUCAGCGGCAUCUUGAUCUCUCUGGUGUACCUGGUGGUGUGCGUGGUGGGUCUGCUGGGAAACUCGCUGGUGAUCUACGUGGUUCUGCGGCACACGUCCAGCCCAUCGGUGACCAGCGUCUAUAUCCUCAACCUGGCUCUGGCUGACGAGCUCUUCAUGCUAGGGCUGCCCUUCCUGGCUGCCCAGAACGCCCUGUCCUACUGGCCCUUCGGUUCACUCAUGUGUCGACUGGUCAUGGCCGUGGAUGGCAUCAACCAGUUCACUAGUAUCUUCUGCCUCACCGUCAUGAGUGUGGACCGCUACCUGGCUGUGGUGCACCCCACGCGCUCCGCCCGCUGGCGCACGGCACCGGUGGCUCGCACGGUCAGUGCGGCCGUCUGGGUGGCCUCGGCUGUGGUGGUUCUUCCUGUGGUCGUGUUCUCAGGAGUACCCCGGGGUAUGAGCACGUGCCACAUGCAGUGGCCGGAGCCAGCAGCUGCCUGGCGAACGGCCUUCAUCAUCUACACGGCCGCACUGGGCUUUUUUGGGCCCCUGCUGGUCAUCUGCUUAUGCUACCUGCUGAUCGUGGUGAAGGUGCGCUCGACCACACGGCGGGUGCGGGCGCCCUCGUGCCAGUGGGUACAGGCGCCGGCAUGCCAGCGGCGGCGGCGCUCUGAGCGCAGGGUCACACGCAUGGUGGUGGCCGUGGUGGCACUCUUCGUCCUCUGCUGGAUGCCUUUCUAUUUGCUCAACAUCGUGAAUGUGGUGUGCCCGCUGCCGGAGGAGCCCGCCUUCUUUGGCCUCUACUUCCUGGUGGUGGCGCUGCCCUACGCCAACAGCUGCGCAAACCCCAUCCUCUACGGCUUCCUCUCCUACCGCUUCAAGCAGGGCUUCCGCCGGAUCCUGCUAAGACCUUCGCGUCGUGUACGGAGCCAGGAGCCAGGGUCGGGCCCUCCAGAGAAGACUGAGGAGGAGGAGGAUGAAGAGGAAGAAGAGAGAAGGGAAGAGGAGGAGCGGAGGAGGCAGAGAGGGCGGGAGAUGAAUGGGAGGGUCAAUCAGAUCGCACAACCUGGCACCAGUGGGCAGCAGCAACGGCCCUGCACAGGGACUGCCAAGGAGCAGCAGCUUCUACCGCAGGAGGCCACGGCUGGGGACAAGGCCAGCGCGCUGAGCCAUCUGUAAGGACCUCCAGAGAGCCAGCGUGGUUCAGAAUAGAGCAGAAGCUGUGCUUGACAUAGGGGCACAUGCAGUGGUCUGAGCAAGCAGCAGAGUGACCUUAAUUACAUGACUGUCCUGGUCCUCUCUGGACCGCUGUGGCACUAGGGUCCGGUGAUGGGAUGCCCAUAGGCCUGGGCUCUGUCCCACUGUGCCAGGACUUGCUGUGUGUCCUUUGGCCAGUCAUUUGCAGUCUCUGGGCCUUGUUUUCUUCUUUUGACUCAGGGAUGGGUAAAUUGAGCCCGUGUGGGCCCUAACAGAAGAGGGGUCUGGAAUCCUUCCUGGGAUCAGUCUCCUGAUCAGAGCCCAAGUUAAGGGAAUUUGGGAAGUCUGACCAAGAAACAAAUAUCUCGGGGAUCAGUCUAUAUCUUGGUCCUCAAGGAGAUAGACACACCAGGGUUUGGGGAAUCAGAGAUGUGGGUGAGCCGGGGCCUUGCUUGACUGAAGCCUAAUGGUUAGUUGGUUCCGUGGGAUGCCACAGCAUAGGACCCAGGGAGCCCUCCCCAUGCUGCUGCAUGGUCUCUGCCACUCUGCCCAUGCCCAGGCCUCCUACCUCGUCUGCAGCACAGUCCAUUGUCCUACAGGCAGACCCCCUGCCCCAGCGACUGAUGAGCAUUGGGCCUUCUGUGCUCCUGGACAUGAAGGGAAGAAUUUUCCAGAAGGCAGAUGAAGCCAAGUUUCAGGGGUUCUUACUGCUUGGACUCCUCUGGGGCCUACAUCUGACUGGUCUUCUAAUUUUAUAUUCCUUCUCUGGGGGGAGGACUGCACACCACACAGGCUCAGGCCACCCGAAGACUGACUCACCCUAUUCAGGUCAGGUACCUGGUCCCCAGGGCAGAAGCUGUGCAGCUGCCUGAGGCAAGGAGAGGGAGAGAGGAGAGGGAGCUGAGGCCGGAAGAGGAGGGGGGAUGGGAGAGGAGGGAGGAGAGGACGGAACUUUGUGAUGGUCUUGAGCCACCAACCCCCACCUCCCUUGGGCCAAGCUCCGUUGCUGCAUUGAUGGUUUCAGGAAGGAUGGGAAGGAGACACAUAGCCAGGAUCCCCUGGAGGGUGCGUGGGGCUGGUGAGAGGGGCACAGGCCAUGAUGGAGCCUUGGGAAUGGGCUUGGCUUCUCUGAACACUAGGGAGGAACGGUAAGCCCCUUGUGUGGGCCAGACCUCCCGUCCUCUGUAUUCCCAGGGCUCCAGCUGAUGUAGACAUUAAAGGGCUGUCGUGGGGGAGUAGCCACUGUCCCAGCUGGGCCAGGACUUCAUCCUUCCCUUGCCAGAGAUGGCCCUUCUGGUCCCAGGAAUGCUGGCCCUGGAGCGGUUGGAGCUUCUGUCCAAAUCCCCACCCUACCCUGCAGAGGCAGGGUUCUCAGGGAACCCACAAAUCCAGAUGUUGAGAAAGCUGGAUCUUCUAUUCACCUCAAGCCGCUUGGCCACACCCUCUGUCUCUGCACCUCAGUAUCCUCCUCAUAAUGAGAAUGGGGUUCCUCAGUUAGCCAGUCUGCUGGAAUCCAGGAGGGAAGUGAGUCUCGCUGGGUAAGCCACUGCUCACUACAGGGGGCUGCAAAUGGAUACAAAGUGGUGGUGCCCCUACCUCAGGCUCAGCCUACACCCUGCCCCUUCAGUGGGUGGCCUCUGUGGUGUCAGCCCCUGUAGGUGAAGCUAUUCGUGAGAAAUGGGGGCCAAGAGGUCAGAAGCCAAGGGCCAGGGAGAAUGCAAGCCACCCCAGAAAGAGGAAGUUUGCAAAUGUCCGCAUGUGUGGGGCCUGAGGCCCAGCCCAGGGGUUGGUUCCUCUGAGAAGGAACUCGGUGAGGAAGUGAGCAGGCCAACCUUCCUGGAUGGGGCAGGUGAGCGGUGCCCUGCAAAGGGAGGAGGGUGGCCAGUUGAGAAAUUCUUCGCUGCUUCUGACCCGAGCUCCUGCCAAUAAAGAUAGUGACUAAGACUGAUUUCUCUGUGUGGCCGAGAGGGCCGUUGGGUGGCUUCUUUCUCGGUAACUCCCUUCCUAGUCCUUCAAGGGUUACACAGAUAUGCUUGAAAGUCUGAACCUACACCCUUGAAGAUUUGCACCCCAAAAUGAUACCUCUUCUUACUAUUAUCUAAACAGCAAAUCUCAAAGCAGAAAGACAAUUGACUACAGCCAAGUCACCAAAGACAAGGCCAUGGGGGUGAUGAUUGGUUAGCGGCUGCCUUUCCAGACAGCCAGAGAUGAGGCAGUGUGCCGGACAGUACAGUGUGGCCAAUGGUGUGUAGUAGGAGGGGCAGGGUCGAGGGAGGAAGGACCGGACAACAGCAGCAGGUUGAGUGUGUCCAUGCUUCCUGUGACUACUGUAUCUGGAUACAGUCAUAUAGGGGUUUGUGUGUGUGUGUGUGUGUGUAACUUUGUUCAGUGCAUGUUGUGUAGAAGCUCAUGCCAUAAACACAUGCCCAGAGUGCUCUAUGAGGCGUGUCCUUGGAGACUCAGAGAUGGGCAGGCCAUCUAUGUGCAUGUAUUACCAGUCAGUGUCCACGUGGGCCCAGGUUUCUCUUCUGCUCCCACAAUUCUGAAUUUACCAGCACUGGGAGCCACCGCUGGGGCACCCUGCCGUGCAUGUAUGAGUGUCCACAUGGAUCUGGAAGCCUUGACCUUGCAGGGCGGGGAUGAUGCAGCUGUGUCCAGGGUCUGGCAGCACAGCUCUGGCCCUUCCUGUGAGCCUCUGGGAUGAAUACAUGAACAGGGUUAGGCCCUCGGGUCAGAAUCGCACUGUGAGGAGCUGCUUUGGAGCUGGGAUUAAGAAUAAGUAAGAGUGUGCGGGCAGGCAGGGGAAACGGAAGGAGCUUGUUUGGGGUCCGGUGACUAGAAUCUAUGAUUUGGUCCUGAGCAGAGACAGAGAGGCAGUGGCAGCCACGCCUGCCUCCAUCCUCUUCAGCGAUGGAAGCUGAUGACUUACCUUGAUCUUGUCGCUCAGAGGCUGUUGCCAGGCAACAGCCCAUGGCCACAGGCUUCUGGAUCAGGACUUUGUGCAUCAGUAUGACGACAGGAGAAGA